GGUUUUGUGGUGCUUUUAGCCGCUGCUCGCCUUUCUUCGACGUCGAGCUGUAGCAGAGGAGGACCAAGUAGCCGUCACCAUGGGGAAGACGAGAGGUAUGGGAGCUGCCCGCAAGUUGAGGUCCCACCGCAGGAGGCAAAGGUGGGCGGAUAAGGCAUACAAAAAGUCUCACCUUGGCAAUGAAUGGAAGAAACCUUUUGCUGGAUCUUCCCACGCCAAGGGUAUUGUUCUUGAAAAGAUAGGUAUUGAGGCUAAGCAGCCAAACUCUGCCAUUCGUAAGUGUGCCAGGGUUCAACUCAUCAAGAACGGGAAGAAGAUUGCUGCUUUCGUCCCUAACGAUGGUUGCUUAAACUACAUAGAAGAGAAUGACGAAGUCUUGAUAGCUGGAUUUGGACGAAAGGGUCAUGCCGUGGGUGAUAUUCCUGGUGUCAGAUUCAAGGUUGUGAAGGUAUCUGGUGUCUCACUCCUUGCCCUCUUCAAGGAGAAGAAGGAGAAGCCAAGGUCUUAAAUUAAUUAGACUGCCUUAUCGGUUUUUCAUGGUCUUUGGAGUGCUAUGGAUCUUGCUUCUUGAUGUUGAAAUUCGUUGAUGUGAACAAUUUUGAAUCUUCUUGUACGCAACCCAAUCGAUCUUUAGUUUUUACUUUAGCUCUUCGUUAAUCUUAUCAAUGGAGAUCUGCAAGGUUUCUUCA